GUCAUCAUCACCUUGUCGCCUCUUUGCAUGUUACACAAGCUGUCAGAACGAGAGAUGAUCAACUGCACUUUCCAGCAUCUACCUUAAGGACGAGCAAUAUACGUGAUCCUUCUCCACUAUACCCUUCCACUACCUGAGACUUGAGGUGCCAUGGGGUCGCGCCACCUUUUCUUAUUGGUUUAUGUUCUGGGGAGCUGCUGGGGGAUAUCAAGUCUGCAAGGACAUUCCAAUGAAGCCUGCAUGACUCAAGACUCCUGCAAUUGGGUGCCUGACUCAACCUCACACUUUCUCCAAUGUGUGGGUCUGCCUUCGACAGACACGGGAAGAGACCACAUGCGGAGGCUGAAGGGAAUAAUUGAGGCAUCGAUGGAUGUUUAUUCCUUCAUGACAUCCAGCAUGGCAAGAGUACCUCUUAUGAGCCUGGAGGGGGAGCUGAAACUUUACCCGGGAGUAGAUGCUUUCCAAAAUGAAACCCUGGUCCAGAUGUGGCUGGAGAUCAAGAUCAAACCACUUCUGAGAUCAAUCAGCAAACAGUUCCUAACCUGCCUCAGCAUCAAGAACUUCAGCUGUUCCACCUACCACACUGUGGUAAAGGAGCUCAGCUACCAUUUCUCUGAGAUGGAUCCAGUGAGACAAAAAUGGAUCUACACCUUCUUCAUGUACCCCUUCCUGUCUAGUGGAAGAGUAGCUGGUUGUAUGAGUCCGGGACAAAGCAGUGAGGAGUGGCUGCAGAAGAACUUUGGUGCGUUCAAAGUCAUGGCCCGUAUGAAGGACAUUUCAACACUCAACAUUACCUUCCAUGCUUUGGAGGUUCUUCACCUGCUCACCCAGGAGCAGAAGGCCGAGCUGCUUCUGAGGCCUGAAGUUGCAGGUUUAAACAAUGACACCUUGAACCUGGUCUUUCACAGUUUGACAGGAGGCAAAGACCCUCAACCCACCAUCAGACCUGCUGAGAUCCAAAACUUGAGCAGCACUGGUUACUCACUCGGCUACACUCCCAUACUGACAUAUUACCCGUACCCACCACCAACGCCAGAGGACACCCUCAAAGAGACUGCAGCUGAGCUCAUGGGGGCUUUCAGACCCAUCGGGAGUUUGAUUCAUGGAUUUGUGUCCUUCACCCGUCAGAGGAAUUUGUCAGAAAUAAGAAGUACGACUCUGACCCAAUUCCUGCUCAACUGGACCCUAGCAGAGAUGGCAAACAUGUACAGGGAGCAAGACCCACCUGUAGCUCCAGAGAGGCCAAAGUUUGAUGUGACAGAUGUAGAGGACUGGUACCAGCAGGUUGUCGUGCCGCUGUUAUUGAGGUUCUUGCCAAAGGAGGAGGUCCUGAUGCAUGAAAACAUCAAGCUGGCCUUCAACAGAUUAUUCUUUUUAGACUCCUUCGGGGACAAAUCACACAUCUGAACUCCAGGAUGUCUGCAGCAUCACCCUGGAUGAGCGA